GUUAGACUUUUAAAAAUUGCAUUAUAAGUGAUAUUUUUCUGUUUAAAAGAAAUAAAUAUAUAUCAGGAAUUAUCCUGAUAUGUAUAUAUAAUGUGUGUGCGUUUAUUAUGGAAAAAUUAGAAAAUACAUCUGAUUCCGGUGUUGAAAUGAAUGAAUCAACAAGUCCAAGUUCGGAAAAUGAAGUGAAAACUCCAAGGGAAGAAAAUGUCGAGGACGAAAUGGAAAGUCACGACGAGGAACAAAUACGAAGUUGUGAAAAAACACCGGAACAAAAUGUUAAACAAAUUGAUCAUUCGAUUUUUAAUACUAUUUCAAAAAUCGUCAAUCCCCCGGCCAAGGUGCCGGAGAUAACGGAUUUCAAAAUAGUGAAGCCAAUAAGUCGAGGUGCAUUUGGAAAGGUUUUCCUUGGCUACAAAAAGACAAAUCCAGAACUGAUUUACGCGAUCAAGGUAAUGAAGAAAAUCGAGAUGAUACACAAGAAUAUGGCCACGCAAGUCGUUACCGAACGUAAUGCCCUAGCGCUAACACGAAGUCCAUAUUGUGUUCAACUUUUCUAUUCACUGCAAACUCUCACUAAUGUUUAUCUCGUUAUGGAAUACAUGGUUGGCGGUGAUCUCAAGAGUCUCUUAAGCUACUGUGGUUACAUGGAAGAAUCCAUGGCGUCAUUUUACACGGCAGAAGUAACACUCGCUCUCGAAUAUCUUCAUUCACAUGGAAUUGUACACCGUGAUCUUAAACCCGACAAUAUGCUCCUCUCAAAAGAGGGUCAUGUAAAAUUAACCGAUUUCGGUCUCAGUAAAAUAUCGACAAUGCAUCGUGAUCUUGAAAUAUCGGAUCUUGUCAAUUGUACACCUAGUCUUUGUACAAGAACACCAGGACAACUGCUCUCGCUAACUUCACAUCUUUCAUUUGGAUCGGGACAUAAAACGGCGAAUGAUUCGAUUAAUUUUGAAUUCAGCGGUGCUAGUGAUCUUGCAUGUAAUUUACUACCGGCACUUCAGAGGAAAUCAAUGUGUACGUCAAUGAGUUCUGUGUUUUCAACACCGCCCAGUGAUCGUUCUAAUGUCUCGGGGAUUAAUCCCUUCCAUUCGGCGGAAGAUUUACAAAAAUACACGGAGGUGAGUUCGGAUAGUUAUCAUACUUGUGAGGCAUUUUCGGAUAGGCGAAUUUCUCCAUUAGCAACGACAGCUAGUAGCAAACAUUCUGAGAAUGAGGAGGAAUCGACUUUGGAGUCUGAGAGGGAUCACUUGUCGCAAAUAAGUCCGUUGAGUAGUUGUGUGAAUUCAUUUGUCCGGGGAACGAAGAGAAAGAGAUUGAAUCAACAUACGGCGAGUACGGGACUCACGAGGGAAAUUAAUCUUAUGGAAUUAGAAGGUGGGGAUCUCACGCCCAAGAGGAAGAAUCGAGGUCACAUUUUUAAUUGUAAUAAAACGCCGGUUAGUGUGACAUCAAAAUUGAGGGACGAGGCGAGGGGGAAGAGUAAUUCGGAAGGUGCAACCGGAGGUAGAGUGGCUUUUAGUACACCGGUGUCGGGGAAUAAGGAUCGACCCUGGCCCGACAGGAAGAAACAGUUGAUGCAAGAGGAGAAGGGAAUUGUCAAAGCGACGAGGUUCGAUUUACCUCCUUCGAAUUCGGCUCCCGAUAUGAGUAUUGAGAGUUUGAAUGCUGAACACAGAUCUCCGCAGGGAAUUUCACCGAUAAAGACGCCGGCUAGAAGUGGUGGGGACGUUUACACGCCGUUUAGAACACCAAAGUCGGUGCGAAGAGGUGGACAGGCAUUUUUAAAUCGUUCCGACGAGAGAAUUUUAGGGACUCCAGAUUAUUUGGCACCGGAAUUACUUUUGAGAAAAGGACACGGUCCGGCUGUUGAUUGGUGGGCACUGGGCGUCUGUUUAUAUGAAUUUUGUACGGGUUUACCUCCGUUCAAUGACGAGACGCCGCAGGCGGUGUUUGCCAAUAUUCUCGACAGGAACGUUUCGUGGCCGGAAGAUGACGAAACACUCUCGGAAUCAGUGGUCAGUGCCAUUGAUGCAUUUCUCACGCUCGAUCAAAAAGACCGACCCACUGCCGCCGAAGUUAGAAAAAUGCCACUUUUCAAAGAUUUCCCAUGGGACGAACCACAAAAGGCAAUACCGCCAUUUAUACCUCAGCCUGAUGAUAAUUACGACACGUGUUACUUUCAAGCACGGAAUAUCAUGCAACAUUUGAACGUAAGCAACUGUGAGACGUAACGUUCGUAUAGAAAAAAAAUAAUCAAUUAUAAAUAUAAUAUUAGGAAAAAAAUCGGGAAUUAGGACGUAAAUUUUAUUUUAUAUACUUGAUCGUAUUUAUAGUCAUAUAAAAUAAUCUAUCAAGGAAUGUGCUUUUUGAAAGAUGAAUUAUAAUAUAAAAUCGAUUUUUUUAUUAGAUUUACAAUUUUUUAAUAAAUUGCUGUUACUUUUA